CGCCGUCAGAGGCGGCACAGAACAACUUACGCUCUUGAAGAACGUCAACCUCUUAUAACAUCCGUGAAGAGCCCGAGCACGCGCAGUUCCUCUGAAUUAGUGCUUGAAGCGUACUUUUACCCGGAUUCUCACCAAGUCUCGAGGGAAAAGCGCGCGUUGGCUCCACAGAAUCUUACCUACUCCCCCCAGAAGCUCCACGACAGCAGCUCAGUACUGAAUCGAUCCAGGUUCGCCCUCUUGCUUCUCCGUGAUACACGGCCGCCUUUAUCUAGAAAACAAUGGCCCCCUCCGACGAUCUAAAGGCCCAUGCGGCCUCCGCGCAGGAUUUCUAUGCGCUCCUCGACGUCUCGCCUGCAGCGAAUGAAGCAGAAAUUCGACGAGCUUACCGACGCACCGCACUUAAGUAUCACCCGGAUAAGAUCCAGAAUCCUACCCCAAACGAUAUCGAGAAGUUCCAUCUACUUCAAAUCGCCUACGAUGUGCUGUCUGACCCGUCGGUGCGGGAGCUCUACAACAAUGCGCGAGAGGCGCGAGAGCGGAAGAAGCGCGAGACGGAAAUGAUGGACGCGGCCAAGAGGAAGAUGAAGGAGGACUUAGAAGCGCGUGAGAGAGCUGGAAUGGCUGCGGAGGCUGCGCAGAGGGGUCUAAAGAGGCCUUGGAUGGCGACAGGCAUGGCUGGAUAUGGCGGUGAUGAUGCGGAAGCGAAGUUGGAGCGAGAAAUCGAGCGCAUUGCUGAGGAUAACCGACGCAGGAGAAGAGAAGCAGAGGAGAAGCUGAAAAGGGAAGCUGAAGAGGAAGAACGACGCCUCCAGGCGGAAGAAGCAGAGGGUCGAGGAGCCGCAGACAGAAGCAGUCAGCGCGUGGACCGAUCGAAAGAGGGCGGGACAAACGUCCCUGAAUUGGAGAGAGCUGUUAAGGUGCGAUGGAUUCGAGAGGGCCCUGGGCUGGAGCUUGACAAGGAUCGUUUGGUGGCUCUAUUUGCUCCCUUCGGCAAGGUCGAUAACGCAUUCUUAUUGAAGGACAAGCGACAACGGAUCGGAGACAAGAAGGAGAAGAAGACCGUAGCAACAGGAGUAGUUGUCUACACAUCCAUUGUCAGCGCUCACUCUGCUGUUCUGGACAGCGAGAAGAAGCGAAAAGCCGCUCAGGACGAAUGGUCUGUAAUCGAAUCGGUUUUCUGGGCUUCUGGAAAUGAACCCGAUCUGGGAGGAGACACUGCUCAAGCAGCGUCCUCUCCUACUCCGCCAUUAGAAUCUACAACUCCAACUACACCAGCAUUCGGAAGCAAUGGUGCCAAAGCUGCCCCCAAAUUCAACUUUCCUGGUCUUAACAAAGCCACGUCGGACGGUGCCAAAAAACCCAACAAAGCUCCCUCCUUUGCGUCGUUUUCUACUGCAGCGGCAAGCACUCCCAAGGAUUCAUCGUCAGCUGGGAAAACCGGACUCAGCACUCCCAGUCUCGAGGAGGUCACACUGAUGCGCCUGAAGAAUGCACAGCGUGAGAAAGAGCGCAGAAUGCUAGAGGAGCAAAUCCGCAAAGAAGACGAAGCUGCUGACGCUGCUGAGGCGGCCGCGAAGGCCUCUAGUUAGAGCGUGUUAUCGAUACAUGUUGCGAUUUAGGCGCCUAAGGUUUCAAGGAAGUAUUGAGGUAUGUCUGGUGAGAUUAGGGUCAUACGAUGGCGUUCAAGAGAAAUUGGUCAGGUCUCAUGCGUUUUGUUAUAUUCGAUUUUAAAGAUACCCCAAAAGCGUUCGAUCAAGAUACUAUAGAGAUAUUCAUUAAUGCAUAAAUAUUCU